AAAGUACGGUGACAUCAUGCAUCCCUCUUUAUUAAAAACGAGUAACUCCCAAUAUUCGAAUCUUCAGCACUCCCAUUACUACUCUUCAGGUUAAAUUUUGGAAAAUACCUCUCGCAUCCCUCCUUAAACGUGUAUAUCCCUGCAAAUCGUAGGAUCGCGAUGUCCACCAGAAAAAGAUCUAAACAGGACCGUUCCUCCUCCAAAACAUCGUAUGAAACGCCCACAUCUCUAGCCAAGGAGAAAGAUUUGCCAGGUUCUUUGUCCGAAGGCCCUGACCAUGUCAACCAGUCAGACUUACCGCCUUCACGAUCCAAAGAUAUGUUAACGCCUGUCUCCCCACCGGGACAUAGGGCGCCUUUGCGGUCCUUCAUAUAUGCUUUGGUGACAAUAGCCCUUCUCUUCACAGUGUGGUAUACGUAUAUCACGGCUGUGGAGCUCAAGCACUGGAAAGAGGAAGUCGGGUGGUGGGGAAUGUCUGUUGGGCGAAUUGGGAGGCAACAUGAUACAUCCUAUCACAACCAGCGGAGAGGUCAGGAGGUGACGGGAGAACUUGAGGGGCAUUUCAGUCAGCUUGCAUCCGCUCUCGGAAUCCCCGCAACAGACUUAGCUUCGGCUGUCAAACCAUUUGUGCCGCCUGCGACACUGUCUAGUCUUGCGCCUCAGGCUACUGGUGAGGCGGUUGAGGUUCUUUUUGAGGACUGGCGUUAGAAAGAGGCUUCUGAUGAUAAGUAGUGAAAGCAAUGUGGGCAGCACUGUUGAAGGACUUGUGGUCGGGGUUACAUUGAGCCAGAGUAUCCUGUAAUUUUAGAGUUAUAUAUUAGUACUUGCCGCAUCAUAGGAAUUAUCAAUAUGAUCAGACUCGUGUAUCUUCCUCCAGUAUC